ACACAGAGUUGAACCUCUCCACUCAUCAAUUGUUGAUUUUUCUUGCCGUGUCCUAAAGGGAUUAUUUUCUCCAUCUGAGUAUAAACACUGGAACCCUCCAGAUUCCCUCUAUUCACCUCCAAUGACACAGUGUGAACCACUCUGACUCCCCCAAGGCAACCCCCCCACACCCCAACCCUUCGGCUGAAGUACUAAAACCCGGUGGUCUCAGAUCUCAAUGCCUGUGUUGACUCACUACUACAGCAUUAUUAUGGCACAGCGCUUCUGAUAACGUCUGAUUCAUUCUAUUGGGAUCUGGUACUCCAACAACACCCUGGCAAUGAACUCCACCAGCCUGGAUAUUAAUGUCUCAGAGACCCUGGCAAACAAGACACUCAUUGUCACCACCAUACUGGAGAACCCAUAUGUGAUGCGCAAAGACAACUACCAGGACUUCCAGGGUAACGACCAGUAUGAGGGCUUCUGUGUCGACAUGUUGAGGGAGCUGGCAGACAUCUUGAAAUUCUCCUUCAAGAUCAAGCUGGUGGAUGAUGGGUUGUAUGGGGCUCCAGAGCCCAACGGCUCUUGGACUGGCAUGGUUGGAGAGCUAAUCAACAGGAAAGCAGACCUGGCCGUGGCAGGCUUCACCAUCACAUCAGAGAGAGAGAAAGUUAUUGACUUUUCUAAGCCGUUCAUGACCUUGGGGAUCAGCAUCUUAUACAGAGUUCAACUGGGUCGAAAGCCAGGUUACUUCUCCUUCCUCGAUCCCUUCUCUCCAGCUGUCUGGCUCUUCAUGCUGCUCGCCUACCUGGCCGUCAGCUGUGUGCUCUUCCUGGCUGCAAGGCUGAGCCCCUAUGAGUGGUACAACCCCCAUCCGUGUCUGCGAGAGCGCAGGGACAUGUUGGAGAACCAGUACACUUUGGGAAACAGCCUGUGGUUCCCUGUCGGAGGCUUCAUGCAGCAGGGCUCAGAGAUAAUGCCCAGAGCCCUGUCCACCAGAUGUGUUAGUGGGGUGUGGUGGGCGUUCACCCUGAUCAUCAUCUCCUCCUACACGGCCAACCUGGCAGCCUUCCUGACUGUCCAGAGGAUGGAGGUUCCCAUCGAGUCUCCGGACGACUUGGCUGACCAGACCAAUAUUGAGUAUGGGACCAUCCACGGAGGGAGCACCAUGACGUUCUUCAUGAACUCACGUUACCAAACCUACCAGCGGAUGUGGAACUACAUGAACUCCAAGCAGCCCAGUGUAUUUGUAAAAAGCACAGAGGAGGGAAUUGCCCGAGUGGUCAACUCCAAGUAUGCCUUCCUGAUGGAGAGCACCAUGAAUGAGUACCACCGUGGCCUCAACUGCAAUCUUACACAGAUCGGAGGCCUGCUGGACACCAAGGGCUAUGGCAUCGGCAUGCCACUGGGGUCUCCGUUCAGAGAUGACAUCACACUGGCCAUCCUCCAGCUGCAGGAGAAUAACAGGCUGGAGAUACUGAAGAGGAGGUGGUGGGAGGGAGGCCAAUGUCCCAAAGAGGAGGACCACCGUGCCAAGGGUCUGGGCAUGGAGAACAUUGGGGGCAUCUUUGUGGUGCUGAUCUGUGGCCUCAUUAUUGCCGUGUUUGUGGCCAUUAUGGAGUUUGUGUGGUCGACACGCCGCUCGGCAGAGACCGAUGAGGUAUGCCCCCAUACCUGCCCUCGCCGACCCCACAGACACACCCCAGUGUCUGUCUGUCAGGAGAUGAUCACAGAGUUCCGAAACGCCGUCUCCUGUAAGAAG